AAGUGGAAUGCCGGAGAGGUUUUGUUUUGACAAUGAUGGAGGAGGAAGAGUUUGAACUUGCUGAGGAUUUGGAGGCUAUUUUGCACCUAACACCGGAGGUGCAGCUAGCCAUUGAACAGGUUUUUCCCAGCCAGGACCCGCUGGACAGAGCAGACUUCAAUGCUGUGGAGUACAUCAACACACUGUUCCCCACCGAGCAGUCUUUGGCUAAUAUUGAUGAUGUGGUAAACAAGAUCCGUCUCAAGAUCCGGCGCCUGGAUGACAACAUCAGGACUGUGGUGAGGGGCCAGACCAAUGUGGGCCAGGAUGGCAGACAGGCUUUGGAAGAGGCCCAGAUUGCCAUCCAGCAGCUCUUUGGCAAAAUAAAAGACAUUAAGGACAAGGCAGAGAAGUCUGAACAAAUGGUCAAGGAGAUUACGAGGGACAUAAAGCAGUUGGACCAUGCCAAGCGCCACCUAACUACAUCCAUCACCACCCUCAACCACCUGCACAUGUUGGCAGGGGGCGUCGACUCUUUAGAAGCCAUGACCAGAAAGAGGCAGUACGGCGAGGUGGCCAACCUGCUGCAGGGAGUUGUCAAUGUGCUUGAACAUUUCCACAAGUAUAUGGGCAUACCCCAGAUCAGACAGCUUUCUGAGAGAGUAAAGGCAGCACAGAGUGAGUUGGGGACUCAGAUCCUGGCAGAUUUUGAAGAAGCCUUCCCCUCUCAAGGCUCCAAGAGACCAGGUGGGCCCAGUAACGUGCUGAGAGAUGCCUGUCUGGUGGCCAACGUGCUGGAUCCACGCAUCAAACAGGAGAUCAUUAAAAAGUUCAUCAGGCAGCACCUCUCAGAGUACCUGGUGUUAUUCCAGGAAAACCAAGAUGUUGCAUGGCUUGACAAGAUCGAUCGGCGCUACGCCUGGAUCAAACGGCAGCUGGUGGACUAUGAGGAGAAGUAUGGACGAAUGUUUCCGGAGGAGUGGUGCAUGACGGAGCGUAUUGCUGUGGAGUUCUGUCACAUCACCAGGGUGGAGCUCGCCAAGGUGAUGCGAACUCGGGCUAAAGAGAUUGAGGUGAAGCUGCUUCUGUUUGCUAUUCAGAGGACCACAAACUUUGAGGGACUUCUGGCCAAACGCUUCAUAGGAUGCACCUUGACUGACACACCCGGACAGAAGAGACCAGAGAGCCCUCUCGAGCCCACUAACCCCUUCCUGGAGGAUGAGCCAGGUGAGGAUGGGGGCACAGACAAGGACGAAGAUCUGGCUAAGCCCAGGAAGCCAAAAGCUCCGGACAACCCUUUCCAUGGCAUUGUCUCCAAGUGCUUUGAACCUCAUCUAUACGUCUACAUAGAAUCCCAAGACAAGAACCUGGGCGAGCUGAUUGACCGGUUUGUGGCUGACUUCCGAGCACAAGGCCCACCCAAGGCGGGCACGGAGGAGGGCGGAGCGGUGCUGCCCAGCUGUGCCGACCUCUUUGUCUAUUACAAGAAGUGCAUGGUGCAGUGCUCCCAGCUGAGCACCGGGGAACCAAUGAUUGCUCUCACAACCAUUUUCCAGAAAUUCCUGAGAGAGUACGCCUGGAAGAUCCUCUCUGGCAACCUGCCGAAAUCCAGCAGCGUCAACAGCGUCGGUCUCACCAUCAGCAGUCUGUUGAAGGAGAAAGAAGGCUCAGAAGCUGCAAAGUUCACUAUGGAUGAACUCUGCUUGAUCUGCAGCAUCCUCAGCACGGCGGAGUACUGCCUGGCUACCACACAACAGUUGGAAGAGAAGCUUAAGGAAAAGGUGGAUAAACUCCUCGUGGAGAGAAUUAAUUUGACUGGGGAGAUGGAUACAUUCAGCACUGUGAUCUCAAACAGCAUCCAGCUACUUGUUCAAGAUCUCGAUGCUGCAUGUGACCCUGCUCUCACUGCUAUGAGCAAGAUGCCGUGGCAGAGUGUGGAGCACGUAGGAGACCAGAGUCCUUACGUGACAUCAAUCAUCAUGCACAUUAAGCAAAAUGUGCCGAUCAUCAGAGACAAUCUGGCCUCCACGCGCAAAUACUUCACACAGUUCUGCAUCAAGUUCACAAACUCUUUCAUUCCCAAGUUUAUCAACCACCUGUUCAGAUGUAAGCCUAUCAGCAUGGUGGGAGCUGAACAACUCCUCCUUGACACUCACUCCCUGAAGACAGUCCUGCUGGAUCUGCCCUCCAUAGGCUCCCAGGUGCUCCGCAAGGCACCUGCCAGCUACACCAAGAUAGUGGUGAAAGGCAUGACCCGGGCAGAGAUGAUCCUGAAGGUGGUGAUGGCCCCGCAUGAACCACCGGUGGUGUUUGUCGAUAACUACAUCAAACUCCUGGCUGAUGGAAACCCUGAGACCUUCCAGAAGAUUCUGGACAUGAAGGGUCUAAAGCGCAGCGAGCAGAGCAGCAUGCUGGAGCUCUUCAGGCAGAGGCUACCCACUCCACCCUCCGGAGGGGACGGCGGCUCCUCUCUCUUCAGCGCCCCCACCCCUGAGCAGGAGUCCUCCCGCAUCCGCAAACUAGAGAAACUCAUCAAGAAGAGACUGUGAACAGACAAACACUAGCUAGCAUCUUGAAAAUUAAAAAUAGCUGAAGGCUGGGACAGUCGUCGUGUCUUUUUGCAGUAAUUCAUCUCAAAGACUUCAUUAUGCUCCAUUCAGUUAUCGUGGAGAAAGAGCAAAAAGUUGACUGGAUUCUCUGACUGACAGUAAUAUGAACCCAAGCUGACGCUGGAUUAUGAAGAAACUUCCUCAAAUGCUACUUGCUGUUGUUGCGUCAUUUACUUCUGUAAUUUCCCACCUUUUUUUUUUUUCAUGACACCAAUGCCUGAGCUUUGUAACAUAAGUGCUGUAUUGCAGUGUAUGUGCACUCAGAAAACGAUUGUAGUGCUGUUAACUCAAUUCUGCUCAUCAAAACUAAUGUUUUCUGAUCGUAACUUAUUUCAGUGAUAGCCAUGGUUUUCCUCAACCAAUCAAAUUCUGGGAAAGUUGAGAAUACCUGGUUGAAAUCUGUAUGCAUAUCUGCCGUCCUUUAAAGUGGACACGCGUCAUAGGUGUCGGGAUUGUUUAUGUAAAUGGUGGCAAAAAUGAAUCACUUAAUCCGGUUUUACAGUCCCCAAAAAUCUAGGACGAAGAGAAUCUUUGCUUUGCCAGUCAUACAUGAGGCUGGCUUUAUCAUCUUGGCAUUCAAAAUCCCUCUAGGUUGACUUGAAAAUUAGAACCAGCUAGCUGAAGUCUUUUAACUCUGGCCAUUGCCUGGGGUGUAUGCUAUAUAUGUGUAUAUAACAGGAGUACACAUGGGUGCGGGCAGUCGUAUUUGUUUAAAGUUCCCAAAUAUUCUUUGAUAAUUUAAUCCUCUGUCUCCUUUGCAUUCACAUGAAACCCAGGUUUUGUUUUACUGUAGCCAUUUAUCCAUGCCUUCAUAUCCACAGGGAAAAUUGCACUGAGACAACAAAAUGGGUUUGUCUCAAAACUUGUAUCCUCAGCUAUGUCAAAUACAGUGCAUCCCUCUCCCUAGAAAAGAGAAAUAAAUCUUUUAUUUAAAGUUAAUGCCCCAAUCAUGAUGCCAGUCCCUCUAAGUUGUAGUAAAUCAAGUAAAUGUAACUGCAUUUAUGUACACAUUCCGGCCUUGUGGUACAAAAAGCCUGUUUGUAUUGUCUGAAUUGUGUGUUACACAUGCAAUUGUUAAACACUAUUAAACAUUGCCACCGUGUUA